AUGGGUCUCACUUCUCUUCAAGCUUGCAUGGAUUCUGAUUGGCUCCAGGAAGCUGAGUCAUCAGGAGGAAGCAUGUUAGACUCUACAACGCUUUCUCCAUCAGCAGCCGAUAUACUAGCUGCUUGUAGCACUAGACCACAAGCCUCAGCCGUGGCUGUAGCCGCCGCGGCUAUGAUGGACGGUGGAAGGAGGCUGCGUCCACCUCACGACCAUCCUCAAAAGUGUCCUCGCUGUGAGUCAACACAUACUAAGUUCUGUUACUACAACAACUAUAGCCUCUCUCAGCCACGUUACUUCUGCAAAACUUGUCGCCGUUACUGGACCAAAGGCGGCACUCUAAGGAAUAUUCCGGUAGGUGGUGGUUGCCGGAAAAACAAGAAACCCUCUUCCUCUAAUACAUCAUCCUCCAAAAAGCCCUCCAGUGACCUUAUGGCUUUAGCACAUUCUCAUCAAAAUUACCAAAAUGGCUCUCUAGGGUUUUCACAUUUUGGUGGGAAUGGGAUGAUGGGGUCUUACACAACUCCUGAUCAUAGUAACGUUGGUUUCUUGGAGAGCAAGUAUGGCGGUUUGUUUUCGCAGAGCCCUAGAUCUAUUGAUUUCUUGGACAGUAAGUUUGAUCUUAUGGGAAUGAACAAUAACAAUCUUGUCAUGGUUGAUCAUGGAAGUAACGUAGAUCAUCAACACAUUCAUCAAAUGGGUCUUAACAACAACAAUGGUGGUGGUCUCAUGGAUAUCUCUACAUGCCAAAGACUUAUGUUAAAUAAUUAUGACCAUCAUCAUUACAACCAUCAUGAAGAUAAUAAUCAAAGGGUAACAUCAAUAAUGGAUGUGAAGCCAAGUCCAAAGCUGUUAUCGCUUGAUUGGCAACAAGAGCAAGGCUACUCAGAGGGUAGCGGCAACGGGGGUGGAGGGAGAUCUGACGGUGGUGGAUACGGUGGUGGCGGUUAUAUCAAUGGCUUAGGUUCGUCGUGGAAUGGUUUGAUGAAUAUUGGUUAUGGAUCAUCCACUAAAACAAACUCCUUGGUUUAAUAAAUUCAUUUUAGAACUUUUGUUCUUGUCUUCAUCAACUAGUAGUAGUAUAGUGGAGAAGCAAUUAAAUUAGUAUAUGGGGUUGUUUAAUUAGCCAGUUUUACUUUCGUGAUUGUCUGCUGAUUACGAGAUGAUUAGGGAGUUCAGAGAUAUUUUUAUUUUUGUGUGUGUUUGUGUGGUUGAUGACCUGUAAUGUUUCUUGUUAUAUAUAAAUAGCCCCAUUCUAUUAACUUGGUUUACAAAAACUAUUUAACUGUUUUGUGUGUUUU